AUGCACGCACUGAAAGAGGACAUUGUCUUCCGCUGCAUGUACGUGACGGAUGGAUCAGCCGCUGGUGAAGACGUGGAGCUUGAGUCCAUCGACGUCGGGGAUGGUCCGGGUGUGCGACAGGGAGUGCAGCGCUUCCGUUUCGAGUCCGGUCCUCCAACUCAGUCAGCCAUAGAGGCCAGCGGUGGUCCGCUUGAAGUGGCCGGGCUCUACCUUUCCGCCUUGUACAGAGGAAAGGAGUUCUGCAGGGUCGGCUACUAUGUGCGCCAUGACUAUGAUGACCCAACACUCCAGGAGGAUCCGCCUGCCACUGUGGACUGGACUCGCCUUCGCCGAGUGUUGAGUGAGCCCUGCGUGACGAAAUUCCAGAUUCCUUGGGACACAACUGAGGAGGCUGGGCGAAAACGUCUCCGUGAGGAGGAAGCUGGCUUUGAGGGGGCAACGUUGGUGGGAUGA